ACAACAAGCUUCACAAACACGGUCACACGGAAACUAAGUCCAUGUGUUUUAUUUAUAUGGACUUGGUUUUGUCAUUUGUGGGUCUCCUCGCCUUUUCUUCUGCGGCCAUACACCCAUAGCUAUUCAUUCCUCAAUUAUCAAUAUCUUCUCUCUCUUUCUCUCUCAAUGAAAAACACCACCAAAACAUGACAACCAAAGGAACAUCUCACUCUGAACCCAAUACAGAGUGUUGCAUGUGUGGGGAUCUUGGUUUCUCUGAUCAGCUUUUUCAUUGCAAAGUCUGCCAAUUCAGAUCUCAGCACAGAUACUGCAGCAAUCUGUACCCCGAGAAAGAGUCUGAUGGAACCUGCAAUUGGUGUUUGAGUCAGAGAGAGGACAUCAAAGAGAAGUCAACCAAUUCUUCGAAUUCCUCCUCGUCAAUUUGGAACAACGAUGGUGAGAGCAGGAUCAAGAAAAUAAAGAAUGGUGUCAGCAACAACAGUGGUAAAAACAUUGGGUGGAAGAAGGGAGUUAAAGGGAGUGGUAUCCUUCAUCUCCAAAUUCAGAAACCCAUUAAGAAACCAAAGUCACCGGAGUCAUCAAGAUCACCAUCAGCCUCCACAUCCCCCCAAAAAUCUUCACCGGUUCUGGUUUCAACCCGUAAGAGAAUAGUCACCACCGGUGCCUUGGAAGAGAGACUGAGGAGGACCAGGUCAGAAGAUAUCGCAAAGUCGAGUGGUGCCACCAAACAGGUCUUCAGGAAUAAGGUCAGAAGGUACAAGCUUUUGGAAGAAGUUUCUAGUUAAAAUAAACAAAAUAAUAAAAAUAAUAAUAAUAAUGUUAGCAACGUCAACAACAAGAAGGCUUAGAAUGAAGAGAGUUAUGUGAGAGAUGAUCAACCAGUACACAACAAAGAAAAAGAAGGUCAUGGGUUUUCGUGCCUUUUGUGUUUUUUCCUUCGAAGUUUUGUCCCAAUACAUGUACAGCACAAUGGUGAACUGAUGAAUGAGCAAAACGUGUUUUAGAGCUUAGA